AUUUUCCUCUCUCAGUCCUGCGGGUGGCUCGACAGCAAAGCGUAUGGUCGCGAGACCUUAUGUUAAAUGUACCUUUACGACACAAGUGCAGAAUUAAACGCGUACGGCCGUAGAUCCCACCUAUUUUAGGGUUAAAAAAGUGCGCGGAGGAAUAAGCAGAGAAAAGCAAUACGUAUCCGGUGGGAUUUGAGUCCUCCUGAGAGAGAGUGAGAUUGGAGCGCGCGCGCGAGAGAGAGUGAGAGAGCGCGAGGGAAGCUGGAGAAGAGUUUCUCCAAAAGUGGAAAACAGACGGAGGGACGAUAUUUCAUUUUUCUCAACUGAAGACGCACAUCUUUCUAAGGAAUUAUGAGGAACGCUUGGAUGAUUUUAACUCUCUGCUUGACAGUAUUUCUUUCAGGGGAAAGGAUAGCAGUCUCAGCAGCCAAAUCCCCCUCCACGACUGAUGACUUAUACCUGGAGGAGGCUGGAUCAGGAGGUUACCCCGAAGAUGACGAUGACUUCAGCUCUGGAUCAGGAUCAGGAGGUGGAGAUGAGAUAGAGGAAGCUUCUACAGUAAACACAUUGUUCAUCAUGCCUAAAGCAGAGCCCACACAGGACUCCACCAAAGACUUCACACUGAAAGUGGAGACACCUACAGCCCGCGAUGUCCCCAAAGACACAAAGAAACGAGUUAGGACUGAGUUCUCCACUCAGCCCCCAGUUCUUGCCACAGAGGACUCGCGCAGAAACCUACUCACAAGCACCACCAGCUUCCCUCGAUCUCCGUUGGAUCCCCUUGAUGUCCAGUCUGAAAAUCUCUUCCAGAGGACAGAGGUUUUGGCAGCUGUCAUUGCGGGUGGAGUUAUCGGCUUCCUCUUUGCCAUCUUCCUCAUCCUCCUGUUGGUGUACCGCAUGAGAAAGAAGGAUGAAGGCAGCUACGACCUCGGUGAGAGGAAGCCCUCCGGAGCGGCUUAUCAAAAAGCUCCCACUAAGGAGUUUUAUGCAUAGACUCGCUCAUAGAAACCGAGCUUCACCAACCAGAGUGGUGGUCUAAUAUCAGUGACUAUGACAAACUAGUUCUGAAUUUAAAUCAUACAACAUGAUUGAGGGAAAAAAAAAAUAACAAAGGAAAGCUUUUGCAUAGAGUAUUGUAAUUAAGACAUUUUCUUUCCUCUUUUUUUUUAUGAAAAAAAGCAAGUGUUGCUUAUUUAACAGCAAAUCUCUCUGUAUUUAAACAUGAUUUUCUGUGUAUAUGAAAUGGCUGAAAAGACAACCACAAUCUGUAAAGGUGAGGAAAUUUCCGCAUCCGUCUUCUGUCAAAGGAGCUGUUUUUAGUCGCUGACUACUUUUUAACUGUAGCAGUAUGUAUUUGUAAAGAAAAAAUUUAAAGUGGAAUAAUUGAAUAUAAUUGUUCUGUAUCAGUCCUGUUUUCAUUUCUCCUCUUAUUUCUUUUUUUCUUUUUUUGUCCUAGCAUGUCUGAUGUUGAUCAUAAGUGUAUAUUCAUUAAUUUAUCUUUUCUCGGAUGGUGAAAAAUGCCUUUCUGUAGUUUGGAUUAACUCUUAACGAGUCAAUGUACAUUUUUUCCCUGCAGGUUGCGAUGUUGAUUUGUUAUUUUAUUUCACAACAACUUGGUUAGAGCGACCGUUUAUGGUAUUUUGUUUUAUGUUCGCUUUUUCUGUACUUGGUCUUAGAACUGGUGUUAAAAAUGGUGUUAAAAGACCCACACGUCUUGCAGAUUUUUUUGUGAUUGUUCGCUGAGCAUUGAGGCUUCAUCUGUGCAUGAGCCCAGCAGUGUUUGUGGGUUAAAAAAUUAACCAGUGCCAUUUGUACACUCCCAUACAUCAGUUGUCUUCAUCCACGUCAUGCCGACUCUAAAUCUGCCCUUAGAUGUUUGAAGAGAGCUAGAUUUAUCGAAUUGAUGAGCCCGUAGCCUUCCCUCCAUUACUCUGUCGUUAUAAUUGGAGGAUGAGUUAGCUCAGACUGGCUCUUCUCGGGGCGCUGACAUGGCCUGCCCACCCCUAGAUGUUCCUUUGAUCAAAGCGCAGUUCUGAUGUUUCGGUGAUGAAAAGCUCAAGAUUCUGUACUGAUCUGCUUUUAUUAGCUCAUCAAGAAAGUAGAUCAGAUGUUACUGUUACAGGGAGCAGCUGUCCUACUGGGACUAAACAAGCUAGCAAGUUGAGUCAACAUAUAUUUACAUGAAAUCACCACUGGGGAAUCAUUGUUGAAAGUGGAUUCCAGUGGUAUUAGUUUGGAAGUGGUUGGUGAUCAUAUACAAUCUGUCAGCUACAUCUGUAAAACAGUUGUCAUUGCUGAAAUGAGGUUAAUCCGUAAUGGUGCUCAUCAAAAGUAAUGUCCUCUACAGAUCAGUAUAACUAAACAAGCGCUGCCUCUCUCUCUUUAGAUUCAUAUAAAGGUUGUGAAGUUGCCUUGAGAAGCAUUGCGAAUCCACUCCUGUUCGAUUUUAAAAUCCGUCCUUUCUCGCCCCCCUUGUUCCUCUGUAAAACUGUACCCAACUGUGACCAACACCCCUCAGUGACUGUACUGACCCAUACCCACCUAAGCUGGAGCUGAGCAAAGCAAGGUAUUGAGAAAACAUAGGCAAACCCAAAGACUCAUUUUAUUUUCACAUUGCUGCGUAUUCCUUUGGCCACACUUAGUUUUUGUUUGGGUUUUGACUAGACAUCUGACCAUUGACUCCAAUUACUUAUUCAUGUAUGGGAAAAAAUCUAUAUAGAAUUAUAUAUAAAUGUAUAUUCACAAAUGUUUUAAACCUUCAAAGUGCCUACCAUUUGGAAACAUGCAAAUGUCUGUCUUGGUUCGAGGCAAUGUAUAUGCCAGAAUGGCUAGAGUGAUUGGUAUCGUGUAAGCAAAGCAGAUUGAAAUGGUAACUUUUUUGUUGCUGUUGUACAAAAAGCAGACAGUAUUGUACCUAUAAGUUAAAACAACACUACUGAAUAAACAUUGUGGCCUAA